UCUUGAUCUCGAAAUCAUGAGUUCAAGCCCCACAUUGGGGCCAAGAAAACCAUAAUAACAUGAGUCCAUAGACACCUCAUUUGACUUAGUCUUCCACUAACUCUGUUCUAACUACUGUAUGAGGAGAUGAUAGGAAAAACACCAAGACUAGAAGACUGGGUUCCUCUCAUGCAAAGUCAACUCUUCUGGGUCACAGUUACCCAGCAACAAAAUAAAAGUAGGUAUUUAAAAAUGGUAUCAAAGAUAGAAAGCAUAAUGCUGUAUUAUUUUUUUUUAGAGUUUUGGUUCUUUUCCCAGGAGGAGAAAACAAUGGGAUGGUAUUUUCAAGCAUAUUCAAGUUUUCUACAAUUCAGCAGACGGACUGAAUCCGCAGACGGAGGACCCAAGAUUAAAUUUCAAGAGAUUUUUCAUGAGACUCAGAAAAUUUUAGAGCUGGAUGAAAUACAAAAGAGCGCAUCCAGUGUUUCCAUUUUCCAAAUGAAGAAAUCAAGGCCUCAGAAGAGCAGACUGUCUUCCCCGAAGUCACACAACAGCAGAGCAGGCACCCCACACAGGAAGAAAUGUCUGUGACAAAAAGUCCUUGGACAGUUGACCUAGGACAGCUAGCUGUUCGUGUUCUAUAGUAUCUGAACCAGUCUUCCUUCCACUAAUCUCCAUCUAUCCCACCCCACUACUAUCCCACAUUUCUACCAAAAUUACCUUAACCCAAAAGAAAGCAUAUUAUUUCUUUGAGUUGCUGUCAUUCCCACUCUACAGAAUGAAGUGCAAACUUCUUCAGCCUUACUUCCUGAUCUGGCUUCAGUCCGUCUCUUCCAUCUUUUUACCCACCAUUGUAUCUCUUCACCUUACACAGCCAAACUAGCUAGUCUCCAUUCUUUCACUACACCUGCUCUUUGCCUUGGCCAUGACUACACUACCUCCUCCUCGCAGUUUUCCCUAAUCCUGCUCAUAUUUGAAACAUAGAUAAUUUUUUUGUGCUCUCUCUUUGGCUUAUACCUCUAAUAGAACUUAUUUGAGGUGAGUAGACUGCCUGGAUUCAAAUCUCUGUUCCAAAAUACUAGCUGUGUGACCCUUGAUAAAUCACUUAGCCUCUGUGAGCCUUGGUUUUUUUUUACCUGUAGAAUGGGGUUAACAGUACCUAUGUCAUAGGGUUAUUGUUGGUUUAAAUGAGAAAGCAUGGAAAAUGCCUGGCUCGUAGUAAGCAUUCAACAUUAGUUGCUGCUGUUCUUACUAAUAAACAUCUCCCUACCACUAGAUUAUAAACUCUUGAAUGUGAGGAAUGUGGCUUUCUCAUUUCCCUUAGAGACCUGGCACAUUCCUUUACAUGUGAAUUGAAUUAUCAUAAUUAAAUUUGGCCUAGGUUAUAAAGGAAAACUGUGAAACUGUAUUUGAGGGACCUAGCCAUCUAUCUGCCAGGACUGUUUCAGUGAAAAUCUUUCUGAAAGCAGAGGCUUUCCUAAAUCAGCCCUUGCAAGUCAAUGUGGUUAUUUUAUUGGCAAGUAUUUGACUGUAUAAUAUGCCAGUGUCAUUGACCUCCUUAGGAUUCAAGACCUAGGACCUUUACUACUCAAGAUCCUUUGUGGACUGAAGACCCUUUCCUACCGAGUUCAUAGUGCUCCACUGUCGAUACCAACCCAAAGAGGACCAGGAUGAUGCAAGCACCCUGUCGAUCCUGAGAGAACUCUCUGGAGGCUUCUUCAAGCUUUCGGGUUCUCAGCUGUCUUGAAGCCAUAUUUGGAAAUAAGCUUUGGGUGUUUUAAUAAUGGCUACACAUACUAGUCCUGUCUUCCAUGGUCAAGAUAAUACGUUUCUGGAAGAUCACUGCCUGAGGAGAAACAAUGACAAAGAUCCAAAGAAGCGACUGGACCAGAAGGACCUUUGUGGACGUGGCCAAAAUCCAGACAAUGGACUACUGGUUACACAUGUUAACCAGACACAGGACUUACUGAGGCUGCAGGGAGAUGAGACCCAACCCUCGGCUGGGGAGGACUCGGAAGACUGGCUUUCAACGCGCAGUUUACAGUUUGAGAGGCUCACCUUGGCUGACCUGCUUAGCCAGGGCACCGCCGUGCUGGAGGAGGGCAGCAAUAUCACGAGGAAAGUGCACUUCUCUACCCAGAUCCUCCACCAGUUCGAAUCCAAGCUUUCUGAGGCUGUGGAACUCUAUCAGCAGAGAAUCCAGUGGCUCACAGAAAACAGCAGGAAGGUAUUUGGCCUCAUCAAGGGAGCCAGAGUCGGCAUUGUCGUUGAUGUGUCAGCCGUCAGCCGUGGCUCUCAGAAAGAGGAGUUCCAGAAGGACUUCCUGAGCCUGGUUGAGGAGCAGCUGAGCCACAAGGAGAAGCUGUAUGUCCUGUCCUUCGGCUCUACCGCCAGUGCCCUCUGGCCAGAACCAGUGGAAGUCAGCUCCUCCACCCUCCAGGAACUGAAACUCUGGGUGAAGAAGCUACAGCCUGAGGGAGGCAGCAAUUUGCUACAAGCCCUGAGGAAGAUCUUCACCCUGAAGGAGCUGAAUUCUCUGGUGACCAUCAUGAGAAGCUGCCCAGAUCAGCCUUCUGAAAUUCUGUCUAACUACAUCCAACAGUCUACCAUGGGAAGGGGCCUCAUCACCCACAUCAUCACCUACAAAUGUAAUAAUCAAGUCCCCCUUGCUGUCCUAAAGAACCUUGCAGAAGCUCUUGGGGGCUACUACCACUGCUACAGCCCAGAAACAGAGGGGUCAAGUGUCACAAAGUCUAGCAUUUCACACCAGGAGCCAAGGUCAGACAACUUUUUCCUCGGUUACUUCCCUUCUGGUUACGCCAUUUCCCAGACUCUGUUGAGACCACAGAUCGCAGGGGCUAGGAAGGUCUACACUAGCUGGGACACAGACCGGCUGCUGGCAGAAAUCCAGAAAGCCCAGAGCCUCCUGAGCCACAUCCAAGCCUUGCACCAUAGGACCCCCUGUGAGGAACUAACCAACAUGAUGAAGGAGAUUUCCACAGAGAUUGCAAAAGGGCCACUCACAGGUCUCUUGCCUAAACCACCAAAGCAUGAGGGUCCCCUCACAAUUGAGUUCCCAAACUUGGACAAGACUUCUGCAGAAUGGCUAAAGAUCAAUGGCCUAAAAGCCAAAAAGCUAAGCCUUUAUCAGGUUCUGGCACCCAAUGCAUUCUCUCCUGUGGAGGAAUUUGUGCCCAUUCUCCAGAAAACUGUCUCUUCAACUAUCCAUGAGAAGGCAAUGGUACAAUUUGAAUGGCAUGACGGGACAGUGAAGAAUGUUCACGUGGACCCACCCUUCCUCUAUGAGUACCAGAAACAGCUCAGCAGAGCUCUUCGGACAUAUGAGAGACGGAUCGAGUGGCUCUCCCUGGCCAGCCGAAGAAUCUGGGGCACCGUCUGCGAAAAAAGGGUGGUUAUACUGCUGGAUAUCUCUGUGACCAAUUCCAUGUACAUUAUUCAUAUCCAGCACUCCCUGCGGCUUUUGCUGGAGGAGCAGUUGUCCAACAAAGACUGCUUCAACAUCAUUGCAUUUGGAAGUACAAUUGAAAGCUGGAGGCCUGAGAUGGUUGCCGUGAGCCACGAAAACCUACAAAGCGCCUGGCGGUGGGCACUGAGCCUGCGGUGUCAGGGAAGCCGGAAUGUCCUCAGCGCCCUGCGGAAGGCUGUGGAAGUGGACUUCAAGGACAAAGACAAGUAUCAGUCCCAGGGCAUCUACCUCUUCACGGGGGGCAUCCCUGACCAGGACAUGCCCCUGCUCAGCGCCUACAUGGCUGAGGCCUGUGGCGGCUGUGACCUCCAGCUGAACGUGUGUCUCUUCUACGUGGGCGAGCCUCAGAUGGACCUCACGCCACCGGCCCACUAUGCCAGCCGCACUGACACAGCCGCCGCCUACCGGGAGGUCACCCAGGCUACUGCUGGGCGCUUCCACUGGUUUGGAGACACAGGUAUUUACGAAAGCGAUGACAUCAACGCCAUCAUGUCUGAGAUGGAAAAGGCUCUCAAUUACUCCCAAAAGUGUGCCUUACUGGUGUCUUCCCUGAAGAAACAGUCUGGAAAAGAACUGGAAAAUGCAGUUCUCCUGAAGGAAAAACCAAAGAUAUUCAAGCGAAGAAGUCAGCCCAAGAAAGUCUUUUCUUCCAAACCCACAGCUGCCUCAGUGGCCAGAAUGAGCCUUAAAGAUGACCCUGACAGAGAGAAGAGCUCCCCCCUGCACACUCAGACUUGGCGGCCCCCCAGCGGCAGAGCAGGCAUCCCACCAGCUGCAGCCUGGCCCGCGAGAGAAGGGCCUGCAAAACAGAGGAGGAAGACAAUGUGGAGGGAAGCAGAGACCUCUCUCUCCCUUUUUUAUACAGAAUCGGGGAAUAACGUGGGCUUCGUAUACAAGAAGUACCCUCAAGGAAGGGGCAUACGAAGGGUUAGCACGUCCAUCCAGUUGCCCAGGAAGGAUACAGUUUGCUCAAGCCAAGAGUGGGUAGCAAAUUAUGGGCUAAAAAAACUGAAUAUGGAAAUCUCCAGAUACAUGGGUCCCAGCUGCACUCAUCAGAAGUCAGUCCAGGGGCUGAUGUCAACGAAAUACUGCAGCAUCCUGCCCAGCAUAGAAAUCAACGGGAUAGUGAGACACAUCCACUGGACGCCCAGGGAAAUGAAAGCGUAUAUCACGUGCCUAGAGAAGGUGAUGAGGCGCUAUGUCCAGAGGCUGCAGUGGCUGCUGUCCGGGAGCCGCCGACUGUUUGGGGCCGUUUUGGAGAGCCGAGUGUGCAUCCUGGUGGACACAUCGGGGUCUGUGGGCCCCGCGCUGCAGCAGGUGAAGACGGAGCUGAUCCUGCUGAUCUGGGAGCAGCUGCGGAAGCACUGCGACAGCUUCAACCUGCUCAGCUUUGCGGAGGACCUGCGACUGUGGCGGGACACUCUGGUGGAGACCACCGACGCGGCAUGCCACGAGGCCAUGCAGUGGGUGACCCACCUGGGCGCUCAGGGGGGCACCUCCAUCCUGCAAGCGUUACUGAAAGCUUUCAGUUUUCAUGAUGUGGAAGGAUUGUACCUCCUGACUGAUGGGAAGCCGGAUACAAGCUGCAGCCUUAUUCUGAGCGAAGUUCAAAGACUCAAGGAGAAAAGAGAUGUGAAAAUCCACACCAUUUCCCUGAACCGCUCAGGCAGGACAGCAGCUGACUUCCUGAGAAACCUGGCCACCCUCACUGGGGGCCGCUACCACUGCCCCGUUGACGAGGACACACUCCUCAGAAUCCACGGCCUAUUGACCAAGGGCUUCGUGGAUGAAAGGGAUCCCGUGUUGCCACCAUUUGAAGGAGAUGAUUUAAGGAGAUUGGCCCAGGAGAUCACCAAGGCCAGAAGAUUCCUCUGGAAGGCCCAGUCCUUCAGGUCCCAACUCCAGAAGAAAAACAACAUAGAACCAACUGUUACUCCUCUUUAGACAAGUGUUCUCAGCCACAGAACUGUCACUCCCUGGGAAGCUUUGCAUCACGCCCUGCCUGGAACGCCCUCUCACCACCCUCUGCCCGGUGACUCCUGCUCAUCAAUGAAGACACAGCUCAAAUGGCAUCAGCUCCACUAUGAAGAAUCCCCUGAGACCCACCAAGAGCUGGGACCCUCCCGCCUUCCUUCCAUUGUGUCCUGGCCAAACAUCCCUUUUCAUAGCCAUGACACUGACCACUUAUUACACCCAGCACUCCGUGUCAUGCUUCCUUGCUUCCCUGCCCACUUUUCUUGACUGUGUGCUCCCAGGAUGAGGCUGGUGUCCUAUAACCAUCUCUAGGUCCCCAGGACCUGCCACGGGGCCGAUGGAGUAAACUGUGAGCAUCCUGCUUGGUUGUGGAAGCCCAGCUCUAGAAACCAGCCAGAGCAUGUUAUUUUACUCUGACCCCCUCACUCUGUGCUUCCAACCACCCUGGUCCAUGGUAAGGGGGGGUGCAGAUUCAGCCUCAGCCCAUCUUGGGAGAAGAAACAAGUGGGGCUUCCCACCUGCCCCCUUACCUGUUCAACCGAACUGGAUUGCAGGUCUGCUCCGGAGCCAAGUGCAAAGAGAGAGUGCUCUGCUCAAGCAGGUGAAAACCAGGCUGAGUCUGCUGGGCCCCGCCUGCUGUGUACAUAAGAAGCGAAUAUGUCAUGUAUUAUGUGGUCUGGGGUCACUCCUGAGACAAAAAAUGGCUUGAAUUUAAUUAAAUUAUAAUCCA